CUGAUCACGUUUCCAAAUACAUAUAAAUAUCACCGCAUAACAUAUCAUACAAUAUACUCAAUAACUCCACAACAAAAUAAAGUAGAGCUGGCUCAAAAUUACAGUGAUACCUCGCGUGUGUCCCUCUCUUCCACGCUUUCCGAUGAUCAAGAUCUCGAAACUGGUGGAAGCACAUCGGAAUUUGGGAAAUCCAGCGCUUUUAAUAAUCUGAUACAAAAAGAUGGCGUAAUAAACAAUGUUGACAACAGCCAGUUAGAUGUUCUAGUUGAAGGUGGUGGCAGUAGUCCAACCGUCAUCUUCUCUUCGUCGGCAGCCUUGUCGAAUAAUGCAACAAAUAAUAAUAGUAAACGACGAUAUUCAACACCUUCGUCCCCGAUAAAUACUGGGGGAUUUGUUAAUUCCAUUAAAGAGAAGUUAAGAGGUGGUGGUAGCGUAUCAAGAACAAUGCAAAGAAGUGAAUAUGUUGAAUUGGAAACAAAAGAAGGUUUAGAAGAAGAGGACGAAGAUCAUUGGUCUUCCGAAGACGAUAAUAAUAAUGAAAGUAUCAAACUGAAAAAACAACGAAAGGCAUUUUUGCAUAAUACAAAAGAUGAUGGAUCUGCUGAUAGCGAACAACCAGAACGAAAUUUAGCUUUUGAGGCGAUACCUCCAUUAUUAGUCGCAAUAGUUUGGUCAAUAAUAACCGGCUCUUUGUUAGAUAUCGUUAAACAUUGGGAUGCAUUUACUCACGUCAAAGAAUUAUUCAUAUUAGUUCCGGUUUUAUUAAACCUAAAAGGAAAUCUCGAAAUGAAUUUAGCAUCGCGCAUGUCAACUUCAGCUAAUCUGGGUGAAUUGGAUAAACCAUCUGUUCGAGAUGCACUUGUAUGGGGAAAUUUAUCUCUCUUACAAGUGCAAGCAUUGAUAGUUGGUGCAGUUGCUGGAUUAUUCUCAUUUGCCGAGGGAAUAAUAUUUCAUCCGCAUAAAAAUUCGUUCUAUGAAAGUAUGCUGGUAAUUGUAGCAUCUAUGCUGUGUUCUGCGCUAAGUAGCUUGAUAAUGGGAACCUUCAUGUGUACGUUAGUAAUUUUGUGUCGGAGAUUCAGAAUUAAUCCAGAUAAUAUUGCAUGUCCAAUGGCAUCUUCGCUUGGUGAUCUGUUAACUUUAAUAAUAUUAUCGGUGUGCGGUGAAUUUUUGCUACGAUAUAUGGAAACUUUUACCAGCACUGCAUUAUUCAUUCUUUUGGCUAUUGCUAUACCAUAUUGGGUGCGUCUUGUCUCGUCUAAUAAAUACGUGCGAGAUUUAUUAACUAGUGGGUGGUCACCCUUAUUUUUUGCGAUGAUUAUCUCAAGUAUGGCGGGAUUAACAUUAGAACAAUAUAUCGAGAAAUACUCGGGAUUAGCAUCGCUGCAACCUGUGUUGACAGCACUUUCCGGAAACCUAGGAUCCAUCUACGCUUCUCGAAUAUCCACUCGAUUGCACAGCAGUAGUGGAGAAGAGGACUAUCGUAAAUCCGAAAUUGUUCUAUUUAUUAUCCAUAUCCCGAUAGAAAUUCUUUUUAUGUUAAUUGUUUGGUGGUUUGAUGUUGGACAUGUUCAUUUGACUUGGAGCUUAUGUAUCAUGUAUCUAUUCGUAUCCGUUAUAUCUGUGUCAUGUGCAUUAUUAUUGGCAAAGAGGAUAACGCUUUGGUUAUGGCAUCGUAAAUACGAUCCUGACAAUUAUUCUUUACCUUAUUUAACGGCUGUUGUUGAUGUGAUGGGAACUACCUUACUUGUGUUAGCUUAUUUGUUUUUAACCGCUGUUGGGCUAGCGAGUGAGGAACAAGCGAUAGUCAGUGAAUAA